GAAAAAAUAGAACCAGGCUCCUUUACCCCAAUACAACUGAUUAAUAAUCUUGUCAUCUUCUUGAAUUAUUCUUGUUUCUCAAUUAUACUUACUACAAGUACAUAGCACUACAACGGUGUUCUUGUAUGUCAAGCUCAGUUGAAGAAACGACGGUCACGCAUUUUUCCAUUUCUCCAUUGGUUCUUGUGCUGGGAAUGUGGCGAUGCUGUGAUAGUGACUUCACUGAAAGAUCAAAAUUUCCUCGGCGUGUCGUUAGCUUUCGUUUCGCGACUUCGAAAGCCAAAGCCAUCAAGAAGAGAUCCUGAUCACCACCAACGAGCCUCAGACGCACCAAAACUCGAGAUCCCAGUAGUCGUUUUUAUCCUACAAGCCGGGUGGACAUGGACGCAGCACUGAAGCUCUAGAUUGCACUAGCCGUUAUCCUCCAGCCCAUGUGAAGAACAUUCACGCGAGUUACGGGUGGAAGACGUCACCAUUCCUGAGGUGUACUCACUGCCCGCGCCACUACGGUCCUUCACUGGGAAGAACUUGACUUCCAAGAGUUUGCUAGGAAAUCCAUCAUCGUGUCGGCGAGAUGUAUGCAAGCAGUUUUGCAGGGUCUCAAGGGCUGCAGGGGAUGCAGCAAGGUAAUCGCAUAUUCUUCUUUUGUGCAUGUAUGCUACAAUUUCUGAAUGAAUUUCUCAAGUGGAGGCUACUGCUCAAGAUAGUACUCAACUUCUUACAUAAUCAUUUCAAAAACUUCUUGCAGAAUACUACAUGAGCAUACUCAACACCCAAACACCAUUGCGCUCUGCAGGAAGCACGACAAGUCGUUCUUACUAUACAGAGUGUCACAGCCUAAAGAUCAAACAGCAUGGUGCUCUGCACGUAGCAUGACCUUGACCAUCCGUUCUCCAGCACAGACCGAUUGUAACCAAAUGUCAAACACGAUCCUGUGCUGCAGACGGUGAGACAUUUAUAAUGUGCACACCGCAAUUGGCUGGAUCCAAAAUUCAAACACCAGGUGGCUCUGCAGGGAGCACGACGUUUGCAGGCGCUGUCCCAUCUGCAGCGACAGAGAAGUGUCAAUUUCUCUUCAAGUUCAUCAUAGUGGGCGACGAAGGUGUCGGGAAGACUUGCCUUCUGCUCCAAUUCGUGGAUGGAAGGUAAGGUGUACAUCUUUUUUUUGUUUGAUUGAACAUAAUUUCUACAUAUUUUUUUGCGUCUAAAGUCACAUACUCAAAAAUUAAAUUGAUUUCGAAUUACACCAGAUAAAAUCAAAAAUUUUGAAUUUUCAAAUUUUGAAUUUCAAUUUAUUUCAUUGAAAUUCAAAACCAAAAUUUUAAUGGUAAAGAUGGAAGUACAAAUGGAUAUUUUCUAUAGUGACUAAUGACUACAGCACUUUAAAACAGGCUCAUGUUUAAACAUUAAGUUGGGAUGCGGACAAUAUUCAGCCAAAUCAUUAAAUUAUGGAUGACAAUGACGGUGUAAAUUAUAUUCAAACUCAUAAUGAGCAAUCAGGAAUCCAAUUUGAAUAUAACGGAAUAAAAUCAAAAUUUUGUGGAUUUAGCAAUUUUCCUUUCAAAUUCAAUUUGAGAAAUAUCUAGUUUAGUCAAAACUAAAAAAGGCCAUGUCUGAGAGUUUGAAUUUGCGACAGAAACAAUUUUCUUCUUGUGACGGCGUUUCAUCCUCUUCCUAAUGCAGACAUGGCACAACCGCAACUCUAGGUAUCGAACCAAGCACGAGGUCACGGUCGGGGUCGAGUUUGGCUCUAAAGCGCUAGAAAUCGACGGGAAAGUAGUAAAAUUGCAGUGUUGGGAUACUGCUGGCCAAGAUCGAUACCGGAGCAUCGUGCGAUCAUAUUAUCGAGGCUCUGCUGCUGCAUUACUCGUCUACGACAUAACAAGGUAAUUACAGUUCUAUCUGUUUAUCUGCGAGGUGUAUGCCACGAACUACAACCAUUGGACGAAGAAGUCCUACUUCGCUGGUUAAUGCAUUCAGGUACUUGUACUGGGACUCAUCUAUGCUGAUAUGGGACGAGAAAGUAAAACAGAAUGAUAGAGAUAAAAAUGUAGUGUAUAACUCCAUUCACUAGGAGGUGCUGGUCUCGCUAGCAUCAUCUUCUGGCAACUUUCUAUUUCAAUUACAGUCGCGCCUCGUUCAACCACGUUAUAUCUUGGCUGCGCGAGGCGCGAGAGCAUGCAGACACGAACCUCGUGAUAACCUUAGUGGGCAACAAAUGCGAUCUCGGGCACAAAAGAGAAGUGAGCUAUGAGGAGGGACUGAACCUAGCAGCGACCGAGAAUCUCCAGUUCGUUGAAACGUCAGCCGUGGAUGCGACAAAUGUAUAUCUGUAUACGUUCUUGAUUCUGGUACACGGAGGAAAAGGAAAGCAGGUUGUUAUGAUUGAAGUGUAACUUCUCUUAUUCUUGCCUUCUCUUAUUCUUGCUCCUGCGUUGAUCUUGAUGGGUGUACUCGAAAAAGGAAAAUAAGCAAGUACGUUCAAGAAUAACGCUAAGUCAAUAGUCCUCUUAAGUGACUCUACUCGGUUAUUUCAGUUUUCCGUAUAAACAGUCGCAACAAAAACUCGCUGACAUGAUAAGAUAAAACCACGACAAGAUUUCGGCAUUGUUUCUUAUUUUUCCUCGAUUUUUCUAGGUAGAGGACGCUUUCACGCAAACUGCAGCAAUCGUUUACAGAGCUAAUGUAGGUUUCUUUCAAAACAACGCGAAUGAGCAGCCAUGGCAAGACCGGGGCAUUAAAUUGACUGCGCAACAGGGAAUGCCUGCUCAACAACCCCAACCAUCGGAAGACCCUUGCGCGUGCGCCUGACACGCGAAUUAUCUGCAUCUAGGCCGUUGCGGGGGACUUCUUUUUUCCGAUCCUCGCCGUCUACUUCGUUCGCGCACAGAUAGGCGUCAAAAAACAUUUGCAAAUCUGGAGAUACGCACACGCACAUGGUAAAAGUGUGGUCAGCGGCAUUGACUCAUCGACUUCUCGUUUUGUCGUCAAGCUGAAUCUUGCUUCUAUUUCCUCGCAUAUUCUAUCAAUACUGCACUCGAAUUCAACAUUUCAACAUAUGUUGCAUAAUCUAAUUCAAGUGACGUCUUUGUCUUCAUUUCUUGCUGUCAAGGCAGGAAAACUUUUUGGACUUUCGCAAAAAUGUCAGAAAAGUUUCCUCGUCUUCUACCAUCGCAACUUGAUCUUUUUCUUGCCCGCAUAUUUUGACAUACAGAAUGAACCCUGCACUUUACAUCCUCGACUGACCUCUUUACUUUCUAUCCACGGUUAAAAAAAGCCUUAUCCUGGUAUGCUUAUGAUUAGGAGCGCAGCACCCCCUCUCUCUCAGUGGAGUGGCAAACUUUCACCUGCAAAAAGAACGCGCCUUAACAAAUACUGUAGUUUUGAGAGGAGAACACAUCGAUGUGCACAGUUGUACAGGGAGAUGAGAG